AUGGCUCCUAAAUUGAGAGGAAAGGCGAGGAACGAGUCGAUCCGUAACGCGCCACGUGUCAAACGAGAAAAAUUUUUACGCGAGCUUGACCUCGCCGCUUUGAACGCGGAACGGAAUCGACGUUUCUGGAGAGAGACGCUCACGCGUGUAAAGAUGCCGGAUGUUUGGAGAAAGAUCGAUGUAACUUGGCAGACUUUGGAACGUGCCAUCGACUUCAAGGGCUACAGCAUCAGUUUGUUACUGGAUAGUCUUCGAGAAGCUGAAAAUCAACGUCGGACGACGAACGGUGCUCUCGUCGGAUUGAUCGAUAAAUCGUUGGCGGCACACGAAACUCGACUGGCAGACGCCGCAACGCUCUUUCGUGCGAACGUCGAGACAGCGUUGGCCGAUAAAAUUUCUCAAUUUGAAAAUAUUAAUAACCAUCGAAACGAGAGAGAGAUUGCUUUGCGAAAGAUUCGCUUGCUCGUGAGUCACCGAGGUGAAAAUGCAUCGAAUAUCGCGACAAGUACUGCCAUUAGUAAGAUCGACGCAUUUGUGGAGGAUGGGGAAAACGAGAAAAGGAUAAUUAUAACGCAGCUUCGAACAAAAUUAGAGAAUUCAUGGGCCGGUUUGCGCAACGUUUUUUCCGAUUAUCGUAAAAGUACGUACGCUUGUGCUCCUGAUACGGAAGAUCGACGAAAAGAUUACGAGAUCGUCGAGAGAAAGGAUCGGAUCGAUCGACAAACGAUUACUCGACAAUACACGCGCGUCGCGAUUCUCUUCGACAGUAUCGUGAAAUUCCGUGGCAAGAUCGAUUCUUACAAAAAAGAAUCGACCGUCGAACUGCGAGACGUUACGAGAGAGUCAAAUUUCUUCCACGACGUCUAUCGAGAAACGAACGAACGUUUCGUUCUUGGUUGUAAAAAAGAUAAACAUAAAACAACGACAAUGUCCGAGGAAUAUAAUCGUAGCGUGAAACACGCGAGACGUUUGUUGAUCAAAGCAGAACGUAUACUCGGUUACGUGCAAAUCUGUCGAAAAUACGAGACGCAAGAUGAAAAGAUCCAACUUCCAACGAUCGACGAUCGUCCUACGAGAUCGUCGAUAACCGAUGACGACGAUGAUAUCCUUCCACUUCGAACGGUUCGCUACACACGCUACGCGCGAUGCUAUUAUUUUAGCUGUAAAACCACCACUCGCUCUCGCGCUGCGACAGACUUUCGACGUACCGUUAACUUUUGGCGUCGAUUAGGUUUAGCCCGAAUAAUCACGGCCGAACUACGUAACGAGAGAAAUCGGUUGACCGUACGAGCGAAUAACUUACGAAGAUUGAUGAGACGCUGCCUCGUCGACGACGAGACAGUUGACGAACCGACCGACGUUAUAUACUUACUUCCAAGUCCAAGAUGGAACGUCACGGCGCUGAUGGAGAAUGGAAAAUUCGAUAUAUUCACGCCAAGCUUGGCCCAUAAAGCGAACAACAAGAGAAUCGGUGCUAAACACAGGCCGGUGAACAAGUUUGAGACAAAAGCGGGAGGCCUCUUCUCCGGUUGGCGAAACAUGUGCUGCAAACAUGUUGCAAAUACUUUUGUCAACGAGCGUGACGACAUAGUCGACCAACGUGAAUGCUUUGCCCCGACGUAUAACCGACUUGAAAAGGAUAAUUCGAGUCGGCAAAGUAUCGGGGAAAGAGCGAUCGGUCAAGGUUUCGGCGACGCUUACUUAUCCGUAGGCGAAGGCUGCAAACUUUGUUUGUUGAACAUGACGACGUCGUCGCCGACUCUUGUCGCAGAAUUUGCCGUCACUUUGAUCGAGUUGCUCGCUUUGAUCGGGUUGCCUAGUACGUCGCAAACUCUUAUCGUCACCAAGGGCUGUCGAGUAGAGAUACUGAUCUCUUCGUUGGCUAACGUUACGCAGGUCGGUCUUUCGAAAUCGUUAUUCGCCAAAGUCGUUAAGGCGGAAAGUAAGCUUGAAACGCCUCUUGGUGUCUGCACGGAACGUCGAGACAGAAGAUAA